AUGUACGGAUACCACCUAGCAUCUCCACUCGCCAUCAUCCGUGCCACCCUUCUCUUCCGACGGCGGCGAGGACGACGGACAAGCCGGCGCAAACACUAUUUCCACACUGUCACGGAGACGCAGAGGCAGACGCUCACGCAGGCGCUGAAGGGCAGAGCAGACCCUGAAAAGGGUCGACACGGGCCAAUCACCCCACAAAUACCUUACCCAAACGCCUCCGGGCUCGUCCCGCCUCUCCGUCUCCUCCCUCAUCCAGUCUUCUGGUCGGUGCUCCCACACCUCCCUGGCGAAACAUUCCAUUGCGCACACAAUGAAGGAAGUUCCUGGAGGUUCCUGGAGGUGAGAUGUAUGCAGAUGCAACUACACCACAACCACGGCGACAACAACCACCACCAACACCACACGAAGCCAUACCGGUGCUUGUGCCUGCGCCUGCGCCUGCGCCGCGCCAACCAACAUCACACGCCUCUCACACACUACUCGACUUCCUAG